AGGUCGCAAGGAUAUUCCCUAGAGUUCGGUCCUGUGGAUGUACGGUUCGCAGGUCUACAAACUUGGGUUUGGAUUAUCUGAUCUUGAAGGUAGCUCCCAGCGAGGAGAGAGGAGUCCUACAAGCCAGAGGCAUUCUGCAGGUAUGAAAUAUCAAAGCCUCAUAAUUUUCCCAUCUUAUGUAAAAACAAAGAUCUCGAGUGUUUUUCUGAAUUUAAGUCGAAUACCAUCUCAUUUAAGACUAUUAGUAAAAUGAAGAAACAGCACUAGCUCAACAACUAAGUGAAAGCUAACACAAAUCUUGAAUCUAAAAAAGGAGGUCUGUGAAAGUCUACAUGAUCUACAUAAUUUGAGUCAAAUAUGGAAAGAAACCCAGAGAAGGAAGAAGAAAUGGCUGGUUCUAAGGGGUGGUUGUCAUUCAGGGAUGUGGCCAUCAAUUUCUCACCAGAGGAAUGUGAAUGCCUAGACCCUGUUCAGUGGGAUCUGUACAGGGAUGUGAUGUUAGAGAAUUACAGCAAUCUUGUCUCUCUGGGUCUUGCUUUCUCUAAGCCAUAUUUGGUCACAUUUCUGGAAAAAAGACAACAGUCUUGGGAUGUGAAACAACAAGCAACAGUAGCUACAUACCCAGCAGGAACAAAACCCUAUAAAUGUAAAGAAUGUAACAAGACCUUUGUUCGGAAUUCACUCCUUUUUCAACACCAGAGAGUUCAUACAGGAGAGAAACCCUACAAAUGUGAACAAUGUGGCAAAGCUUUUAGCUGUUCUUCAAGCCUUACCCCACAUCAAAGAAUUCACACUGGAGAGAAACCCUACAAAUGUGAACAAUGUGGUCAGGCUUUUAACUGUUCUUCUCACCUGUAUAAGCAUCAGAGAAUUCACACUGGUGAGAAACCCUAUAAAUGCACAGAAUAUGGCAAAGCUUUUAACUGGUCUUCAAGCCUUACACAGCAUCAAAGAAUUCACACUGGAGAGAAACCCUACAAAUGUGAAGAAUGUGGCUUGUCCUUUAACUGUUCUUCACACCUGUAUAGGCACCAGAGAAUUCACACAGGUGAAAAACUAUACAAAUGCAAAGAAUGUGGCAAGGCCUUCAACUGUUCUUCAUAUCUUAAUUAUCAUCAGAUACUUCAUACUGGAGAUAAACCCUACAAAUGUAGAGAAUGUGGCAAAGCUUUUACCAUGGUCUCUUACCUUACUCGACACCAGAGAAUUCAUACUGGAGAAAAACCCUAUAAAUGUAAAGAAUGUGACAAAGCUUUUAGUAAUUGUUCAGCCCUAAUUCAACACCAAAGAAUUCAUACUGGAGAGAAACCCUACAAAUGCAGAGAAUGUGGCAAAGCCUUUAAUAAUAGUUCAAGCCUUACUCAUCACCAAAGAAUUCACACUGGAGAGAAACCUUAUGAGUGCAAAGAAUGUGGCAAGGCCUUUAACUCUUCUUCACACCUUAAUUAUCAUCACAGAAUUCAUACUGGAGAGAAACCCUAUAAAUGUGAAGAAUGUAGCAAAGCCUUUAAUAAUUUUUCAGCCCUUAUUCAACACCAAAGAAUUCAUACUGGAGAGAAACCCUACAAGUGUGAAAAAUGUAGCAAAGCAUUUAAUAAUUGUUCAGCUCUUAGUCAACACCAAAGAAUCCAUACUGGAGAGAAACCCUACAAGUGUGAAAAAUGUGGACAGGGUUUUAACUGUUCUUCAAACCUUAAACAACACCAAAGAAUUCAUACUAGAGAAAAACUCUACAACUGUGAAGAUUCUGGGAAAGCCUUUAAUAAUGGUGAAGCCCUUCCUCAAUACCAUAGAAUCCAUACGUACUAAAGAGUAACCCUAUAAAUGCAGAGAUGGAGGCAAUGUGUUUAACAGUUAUUUUAUACUUCUAAAACAUCAAAAUUUUAUGCAUAAGAGAAACUUUACAAAUUAAAAUAUGUGUCAAAUCAUUUAUUCAUGCCAUAAUCAAUGACCAGGGAUUUUGUAUUGGUAAGAAACCUUGCAAAUAGAAAUAAUGUUGCACAGCCUCUAACUAAAGCUUGAUCUUCAUUAACCAUCAGUGAGUUUAUACUAGAUAGAAACUUUAUACAUGUAAUGAGUAGGAGGAAUUUAGUCUUAAUAUUUGUACCUCAGAAAAGCAAAAUACUUAAACUACAAACAUGUAAAUAAAAAGAAUAUAAGCAAGUCUUUCUGCACACCUCAGAUCUUAUUGAAUAUAAGGAAAUUAUAUGAGACAAAUCCAGUGAAUAUAUGGAAUGUCCCAAAAACUUGAGGACUUGGUUAUAAUUUACAGGGCCUCAUUAUUUGAUAUAAUGUAAAGAAAUACCACAGACUUCAGAAUCUUGCACAUAACUUAUCUCUGUAAGAAUAUCAAUGUAUUAUAAAAUUGAAUUUACUAUGUAGCCUCACUUUUCAAAACUAAAUGAACAGAUCUCAAAUUAUUAUAUCAAAAGAACAAAACUGGUUCUCGAAAGUUACUUUCUUCCAGAGGCCAUAUGUUAGAUUUUGAAGU